CAUUUCAACACAGUUGAACUUUUGGACUCGCAUCACUGAUCAUAAACUGUCUGUACGCUUGAGUUGAGCAAAAGCUUUAGCCACCAUGGCUGAGCCACCCGUUCUUAUACGACAAGAUGAGGUUGAAGGUUUGUUGCAUUAUAAAGAUUUGAUCCCGCGACUUGAAGUAGCACUGGGGAAGUUUUCCAAACUGGACAGCGCAGAAGUGAUCCAGCCCGUUCGUACUACGGUCCCGUUACAAAAAUACAAUGGAUUUCUGGGGCUGAUGCCUGCGUAUUUGGUGCAUGAAGACAUCCUGUGCACAAAAUUGGUGUGCUUCUACAAGAGGGAGAGUGGGUCAACUCUGCCAUCAACUCAAGCCACAGUGUUGCUGUUUGAUCCUGAGUAUGGGAAUGUCAAAGCUGUCAUGGAUGGGGAGGUCAUCACAGCCAAAAGGACAGCAGCAGUGUCUGCUAUUUCUGCCAAACUGUUGAUGCCAGCCAAGUCGGAGGUGUUGACCAUACUGGGAGCUGGCCAUCAGGCCCUCAGCCACUACAACGUCUUCACAGAAACCUUCUCCUUUAAAGAGGUCCGCGUGUGGAGCAGGAGGAAAGAGACGGCAGAGAGGUUUGCCCAGUCCACCCAGGGUCACGUUACAGUAUGGGAGUCAGUGGAGGAGGCAGUGAACGGUGCAGACGUCAUAGUCACUGUGACUGGGGCCAGUGAACCAGUGCUCUUUGGCCAGUGGGUCAAGCCAGGUGCCCAUGUAGCAGCUGUGGGAGCCUGCAGGCCAGACUGGAGGGAGCUGGAUGAUGUGUUGAUGAGGCAGGCUAAGGUGUAUGUAGACAGCAGAGAGGGAGCUGUAGCAGAGUCAGGAGACAUCAUCCUGUCUGGGGCCAAAGUGUUUGCAGAGCUUGGAGAGGUUCUCAAUGGAACAAGGCCUGCCCUUAGAGAGAAGACCACUGUGUUCAAAUCCCUUGGAAUGGGGAUUCAAGAUGCAGUCUCUGCCAAGCUUGUGUUUGAACAGUGGAAGAACAAACACUGAAGACCUGAGGAUAAUGGGAUGGCCAUGGAUGUGAUCACUUACAUUCCCACCAGUUCUAUAUUAAAGGGAGUUGGUGGAAAGAUA